UUUUGUAGCAUCUUGACAUCAACACAACUCGAUCCGCACAACUCAACAUACUACGACAUUAUUUAAAAAAAAGCAUACCAUCAUGCUUAGUGCCUCAUCCAAGGCCCUACGGGUCACUGGAGUUGUCUUCGCUGUAAUUCUCACUCUUCUUCUGCUCAGAGUUACCUUUCGUCAGUCAUCAUUCGAGCGUCGUCGGUCAAGACUUCGCAUUGAAGAGCCUGUCGUUGUCAUAUUGGUUCAUCCUUCACCAUCCAUCAACAAGGCUACCAAUUUUGAACUGAAGAGAGCUAUUGCUAGGACAUGGGCCAAAGAUGUAGAAGAUUUCGGUGCAGCAGUCUUUUUUGUUGGGGAACAUGAUGGUGAAACUGUGAUGCGCCGACCUAGUGAGUUCCAGGGAAGAGCACAGUCUCUGUCUUCCAGGUUUGGUCCUGGUUCCUUGAUGGCAAAAGAGGGUGCCGAAGCAGGAGCAGGAGCAGGGACAGGCGGAGGAGGGAAUGGAUACUCAAAACAGGAACCAAUGCGAAAGAUGCUCAUCCCUUCUGUGUUGGAAAAUGGACAAGCAGACAACCCUUCUGGCUUUUUAAAGGCCUAUCAUUUCUUGUACAACAACACCAAUUGGCAUGCUGGCCCCAUCUUCCAAACCUAUCCAUUCAUCCUAACGACUGAUACAACUCAUUAUAUCCAUGUUGAAAAUUUGGUCUCCACUUUGCUGUCUUCUCGUCCACGUCGACUCUUGACCAUGAAAGACGACACUGCUUUCACAGGAGCUCUUUCGGAAGCAUCAGAAUGUAGUGCAGAAAAUUUUGGCGAUAAAGCCUCACCAACGUCGUCACAACCUUCUACUGAUGAAAAGAACAGUCCUUUGGAUCACUCUCAUUGGACUUUAUCCAGAACUCAUGUGGUAUCAAAACAGCUGAUUGCCAUAUUGGGACCACAUCUGCGUCAAUGUAUAAAAGCUGCUGCGUCCUCCACCUCAUCAGCAUCAACAUACUCUCAGGCCGGAGAAGAUUUUCAACGCUGUGUCCGAGAAUGGGCAUCUAAUCCUUUGUUUUGGAAAGACGGUUAUUGUGGUCGCUUUUCAGCUUUGCGUUAUCAAGCACCUGCCCCUGAUUCGACAUUAAGAUCUUGGGGAGCUUCUCCUUAUUCUGUAUCCUAUGCGAGCAGGAAGGAACGCAGAAGCACCCCUCAGGAAUUUGAAGAAUUCUACCAGAUGAAGCAACAAGAACACACAUUGGUCAAGAGAGAGUCUCAACAAGACGGCGGUAGUAGCAGCAGCAGCAGUGACAUCGAUAGUGAUCGUAUGGCUGAGUCAGAAGUUGAGAGUACAAGGAGUGAAAAGAAACCAGACGGUCCUAAACUUCAGCCCAGAGGUGAUAGUUUUGAGGGGAACCCACGACGAUUACUUCAAGAGUUAACAUCUUCCCCUUCUGGAUUACAAGCGCAUUGGAUAGUAGCAUCAGGAUUAACACAACCAGAAGAUUUUAAGCUUGUUUAUCAAAGUCUUGCAGAUCGUGAAGAGGAGGAGGAAGAGAAAGAGGAAGAGAUUUUGGAAGAUAUUGAAUAUUAGGAUUAGAAAGAAUCGAUUUGGACAUUAUUUAAUAACAUAAAGCAUAAACAUUAG